UAAAUUUAAGUUUUAUUAAUUUAAUAUGUUUACCUAUGUUUUAUUUUGCUAUACAAUUUACAUUAUCAUUAAUCCUUUUGUUCCUUGAACAGUUGAUAACCCUGUGUUUGCUGCCGGACAUUGAAUCAUCGCUGUUUUCCUUUUCACAAGAGGUCCCAGAUGACGUGUACACGCAGCCGAUAAACUUCAUGUCGCCGAAGAAAACUCCUCAUGAGAAGUCGCAAGACCCAAGCCCUAUGCCAGAGGGCGUCCAGAGCGAAGCGGAUGAGUACUUCAGCAGGUUCAGCUCCUACAUAGCUGACGUCAACGAAGCGGCCGAGGACCCCAACUCUCCGAACCACAACAGGAUCAAGAGGAAAGCUAAGCGGAAGCACUCCAAAGGAUCCAAGAGGAAACCAGGGAAGGGAAGGAAGACCACCGCUGCGCCCGAACAAUCAGCAGAAGCUAUCAAAAGCGCGGGUUCGUCUGACUGGGAGCACCAGCCCAGCAGCGGCAAGAAGAAAGACAAGGAAGUCUACAACCCAAAGGGCAAGGCUGCAGCAGACUACUACGUGGAGAUGCCCAAGGAUCUGUACCAAGCGCACCUGAGGCCCGGAGUCAUCUUCCGCAUUCACAUGUCUGAGGCCAUCUUGAAGAUGCAGUAUCGGAACUACGGCGAAGACAAAGAUGAGUCGGUGAUAGAGGCAGAUGUGGAGUACCUUCGUUUGACACGCAAGGUGAUCAGCGAUGAGAUCACCAAGUUCGAGGACCUGAAGUGGCUGAGCGAGUGGUUCAACCACCGCGCCGAGCUCGUGCAGGAGCACGUCUGCAACACCAAGUACAAGGCUGUCGGUAUACCACCGACCAAGUUCACCCACCCCGAAGAGUACAUGAAGCGAGCCUGUCUCUUCGACAGCGUGUACCUCGACCACAUCCCGUACGUGAUCGGGGAAGAUGGUUCCCUGAUGGCCGCAGUGGCGCCGCCGGUGCUGCACUGUGAUGCUGCGACUUGUACCUCGGUGCCGUUUGUUGACAGCCUGAUGUUCGAAGAAUCGUUACCCAGGACCAGCGUGCGCACCAUCACGCGGUGCCAGGCGUCGUGCCGCGCGCACUGCCGCAACGACGCCGACUGUCUGCAGAGAUGCAACGACCGAUGCAGGGUGAACUGA